CAGGAAGACUACAAUCAAACACUGGGACUGAAUGAUAUUAAAGAUGAAGAGAAGGAGGAGGAGAUAGGGGAUUUAACUAACAAAGAAACGUGGCUGUUUGGAUCUACACUGGACUGCACUGUAAUUGCCGGUUUUCUCAAUCUUCCGGGCGGAUCAUGUCCCAUGACGCAAACUCUUGGGCAAAAUGAAGGGAGGAGGAAUAUGUUUCUACAUUAACAAUGGCUGGAGCAAGGAUGUGACAGUCAUACUACAGUACUGUUCUCCUGACCUGGAAUACAUUUUUAUCAACUUCAUCAGCCAUCGUGCACGACACAACAGCAGCCGGCCAAGCAGAUUCUCCAGGCGGAGCGGUCAUGAGAUGGAGGACAAACCCAGCUGGAUUCUGAUUGUGACAGUGGAGCUCAGUGUUCAUUGGUGGAUUCAGAGAUGACAUCAGUGAAGCAGGAAGACAAAAGUCAAAUACUGGGACUGAAUGUUAUCAUUAAAGAUGAAGAGGAGAAGAUGGAGAUCAACAGUCACACACUGGGACUGAAUAAUAUUAAAUGUGAAGAGGAGGAGAUUGGGGAUUUAACUAAUCAAGAUGAGAUUGCUGCUAAAGUGGAGACAUUUCCUGCAACUGGAGAGCAACAAAAAGAAGACAAGAACCCUUACUCCUGUUCUAACUGUGGGAAGUGUUUCUCUAAACUAUGUCACCUUAAAGCUCAUCAUCGCAUACAUACUGGAGAAAAGCCUUACUCCUGUUCUGACUGUGGGAAGGAUUUCUCUCUAUUAGGUAACUUUAUAGCUCAUCAGCGCAUACAUACUGGCGAGAAGCUGUACUCCUGUUCUGACUGUGGGAAGAGUUUCUCUAAACUAUGUCACCUUAAAGCUCACCAGCGCAUACAUACUGGAGAGAAGCCUUACUCUUGUUCUGAGUGUGGGAAAGGUUUCUCUCUGUCAGGUCACCUUAAAUCUCACCAGCUCAUACAUACUGGAGAGAAGCCUUACUCCUGUUCUGACUGUGGGAAGGAUUUCUCUCUAUUAGGUAACUUUAUAGCUCAUCAGCGCAUACACACUGGAGAGAAGCCUUACUCCUGUUCUGACUGUGGGAAGAGUUUCUCUCAGUCAGGUAAUCUUAAAGCUCAUCAGCAUAUACAUACUGGAGAAAAGCCUUACUCCUGUUCUGACUGUGGGGAGAGUUUCUCUGAUUCCAGAACCCUUACACACCACCAGAGUAAACACACUAGAGAGAAACUAUUCCUGUUCUGACUGUGGAAAUAAUUUCUCUCUGUUAUGUAACAUUAACUCUCACCAGUGUCCAGAGACUGUUGAACAGGUUAGGGUAUGUGUUGUCAGGAAAAACAUACACUGCUCAAAAAGUGUAAGGUAACACUUAUCACACAUGUCUCGAUGAACCAAAUAUAUUAAUGAUUAAAAAAAAAUCUGAACAUUGUGUAAUUUGUUGAGAA